UUCCUUUUAGAUCGGUUUCCCCAGUACAGUGUUGCCAUGUUUGCUGAUAAUAUUGUGUUUUUUGAGGGGUCUUAUAUCAAAACAUGGAAACUGGUACUGACUAUUCUAAUGAUAUCUGGCAACCGUGAGUUUUAAAUGAAGUGAAUACGCUAUGUAUUAGAGUUGGUGAAGAGCGUGGAGGAGAGCAGCAGCGUACUCCUUCUGAACAGUUGCUACUCUUGAUUAUGAUUGGUGAGGAAUUUUUUAAUAAAGGAGUUUGAAUUAAACCCACCUUGUAGCGUUAGCAUUAUUAUUAAUUUACUCCGCGCGCAGCCGCUGUGUCUACACGAGCAGGUGAAAGUUCAGGCCAUUUUGCGGGAUCAAUAAAAGAUGGCGGCUGUGAGCUCGGAGAGUUCAGAGAAACCGAUGAUGUAGAGUUACUCUCUUCAUCAUAAUGGCUUCUCUGCAGUAUUUACACACUUUUCUCGGUUGACUGAGGAGAUGAAAAGCAGUGUGAAAGUAACUCUUUCUCGGUGUAGAUGCAUUUUGGACUUCCUGUAGUUUUUAUUCUGAUUGUAUUAUACAACUCCGAACAGGUCACUCGCACCGGUGCGGAUAAAUAUUUAUUCACAGUCGCACAAAAUACUUUUCAGUCACAAAUGCUAGUGAAAUGGUCGCUCUGCAGAGCCUUGAGUUUCCCUCUGUAGUGCCAUUUAGCAUCGUGCUAGCUAGUGUCAUGAUUUCCCCUUGCACAAGCGCUGGAGCUCGCAGAGAAACUCCAUUUCCUGGUUUUGGCAUUACGAAAUGACGUCAUCCCUGCGUCGCCCUGUGUGAUUGGCUGUAAGUGUAGGAAGCGCUUGAUUUGAGUGGAGAAAACAGCGGAUUGUUCUAUGAGCAGAGGCCGAACUUCAAUAUCGCAGUCGAUCAUGUUCAUUUAAUCGUGGGCAGUCAAAAUCGUAAUCGCAAUCGAUAUUCCAUUAAUUGUGCAGCCCUAAUGCGAUGAACAAGUUCUCUGACACUUUAAUACGGUUGUAUUCAUAGUUCCUGGACUGGGUAGCUGUGCUGGGCAACGUGACCUCAGGGAAGUCCACACUCCUCCCAGCUUACUCAAGGGGAGCUGGACAACGGUAGGGGCAGAGCACGACUACACCUCUUUGGGCAUCUCCAUGAGAUUCGGACAGGAAGGACCUCCAGUAUCAGCCUUGAGAUCCUGGGCUUUAACGGCAAAGGAGAGUGGGCACCACGCGGGAGCACUUCAGACUGGCGAUGGCUCUGAAGGUGCCGAUCUUCAUCGUGGUCAGUAAGGUGGAUCUGUGCACAAAAGGCACGGUGGAGAGAACUGUGCGGCAGCUGGAGCGUGUCCUCAAGCAGCCCGGCUGCAACAAAAUUCCACUUGUGGUGAACAACGAAGGCGAUGCAGUCACUGCGGCCCAGCAGUUUGCACAGUCCCCCAGGUGGAUUAUAUAUUUAUUUAUUUAUAUAUUUAUUUAUUUAAACCACUAUAAUAAUAAGCACUGGAAACAGGGCAUAUUCAACAGUUUUAACCCGAAUUGGUCUUGGUGUUUAUUUAUUUGUUAUUUUAUUUUAUUUUUUACUUUUGAUGUCUUGUUAGAAAAGAUUCCGUUUCAUUGCACUAAGAAACUGAAUUAUAAUUUGCAAUUCUCAGACCUGACUGUCUUGCUGUCCUUUACCCUCUGUCUCAUUCGUUUCGACUUUCCGUUGUUGCUCUGUACAGCGUCACGCCGGUCUUCACGUUGUCCAGAGUAUCGGUGGAGAACCUAGAGCUGCUCAAGGUGUUCUUUAAAAUCCUGCCUCCCCUCAGCAACAGCAAAGAGAAUGAGGAGCUCAUGCAGCAACUCACCGAGUUCCAGGUUCGUACAAUCUUACAAAGCAAAUAUGGAACAUGCCCUAAUCCUUCUUUUAAAGAAAUUCUUCUUCACCCGAGAACUCGAGAUUUACCCUGGUUUUAAUUUGUCCUGCAGGUUCAUGAGAUUUAUACAGUACCUGCUGUUGGGACUGUAGUGGGUGGAACUCUUUACAGGUAAUAACAAGUACGACAUUUUGAGUCAUAGUGGAUGUAGAAGCGGAAGCUUUUUUAAAUUUUAUUUUAUUUAUUUAUUUAUGUAUUUAUUUAUUUUAAUUAACCAUGUCCUAAUCCGACCUUGCUUCAGUGCAGCAGGAUCUGCCGAGAGGGGGAGCAGUUAGCGGUAGGGCCAAUGGAUGACGGCCAGUUCUGCAAUCUCACCGUGUGCAGCAUCCAGGGAAACGGAUCAGCGUGUAGAGAGCUUCGGGCAGGACAGGCAGCUACACUGGCACUGGGCGAGUUCGACCGCUCGUUGUUACAAAAAGGGAAUGGUGAUAGUGAGUCCGGAGAUGAAUCCCACUAUCUGCUGGAUGUUUGAAGCUGAGAUUGUAUUGCUCUUCCAUGCUAAGACUUUCCACAAGGGCAUCCAGGUGACAGUGCACGUGGGCAACGUGACACAGAUGGCCACAGUGGAGGCUCUGCAAGGGAAGAACCUCAACCUUGACAGCCCGGGGAAAUACAAUCGCGUCAGGAGAAAAAGAGGUCCAAGAAGAAAAAAGGGAACAAGCCUGCCCCAAGGUAUCCAGCGAUAUGGAGAAAGACGGAUAGGAAAAUCUUCCGCUAAGAAGGCUGAUCCUGACGUUCUCCAGCGAGACCUGCGAGCUUUACAACUCGACACGCUGGAUGUGAAUAGAACUGAAGAACUAAUAUUGGAAAGUAAUCGUUUAAUGGAAAAAUGUGAUAGAGUGCUGAGUGCCUUGAAUCAGGAGGCUGAAUUGGAGAAAUUGAUAGCACGCAUAGGUAUGACAUUGAAGCAUAUUAGUGUAACGUGAGAGAACAUGCAUUCUGUUUCUUAAACCACACAGCUUCCUGUUUUUCUCUUAAGUAAGCAUUCUUUACCAAUAUGUUGAACUUUAUGCUGUACGUGUUUUUUUUUUUUUUUUUUUUUUUAGAAAUAACCGCUACAUUCUUGUUUUUCUCUUAAGAAAGCGAGCUAGCGCUGUACGCUUUUCUGAGAAAAGACUGCUAUAUUCUAAGUUUUUCUGCAGAAAGCGAGCUGGUGCACAAAAACCUCAUGAUAUUUUGAUCAUCAAGCUUAAACCCUAGCACCUGAAACCGCAGUAGAAAAAGGUAUAAAUACUUGGAAGAAGCCAGCAUAGACUUGCCAUUCCUCGGGUGAAGGUCUUGUCGUUUUAAUUUCUUGGAAAGAAAACCACUAUUCAGAUCCUGCAUGGUCUAAGGCUUUUCUUAUUUUAUUUUUUGUUUAUAUUUUGAGUUAAAGGUAAUUGUAAUCCUUUCGUUCUUUACUUUUGUAGUGGGGUGUGUCAUGGUUGAAACGUCACCCUUAUUAACUACAUGGCCAAUGGGCUCUCUCUCUACCACAGUAUAUAAGUGGUUGUUUAUGCCUCCCAGAAUGCGUCAUGGUCGAAAACCCGCCCCUUCCUUUAGUUGCUAUGGACUACAGAGGUAUGUGUUUUUAGCUUUGUUGCUUAGCUGUUUGAUGCUAGCGUUGUCCAUUUACCAUGCGAUUUACUUGUUUAGUGUGACGUUGGGCUACCGAGACUGUGUGCAGGUGUGAUGUGCUGCUCACAAUCGGUGUGGUGUGCCAUCAAGGCUUCCAACCGUGUAGCAUGGUAAUUUAACGUAGCUCCGGUUGGCACGCUAGCUGUUGCUGUCACAACUAUUAAAGACGCCAUCAUGAUGUUCGUAUGUGCCAUCGUGAGUAUCGUGUCAUCAGAUCACGGUAGGUAAAUUGUUUAGUUCUGUUACUCGAGCUAAACUAUCUUGCAUGCUUUCCAAAUUGAGGUUGUAACACCUGUUUGUUCUUAGGGUCCUCGAUUUGGCAUGUGUUAAGGCGGGCUGAGUGAGAUGUGGUGAUAUCUGUAUAGCGCCUCCCCCUCACUCACGGAGCCACGUUGCUGCUUUGUUGCUGCUUGAUGCUGCUUUGGGGCUGCUUGAUUGUUUGGCUUUAUUUUGUUCUGCUUUGUUUCAUUAUUUUGUUUUGUGUUGGUUACUGUCACUAAGAUCAGUUUUCUUUAAUUCAACUGUGUUGUAACAGUUUAUCAAUUAUGCUGAUACUGCUAUGUGGUAGUAGUGGUUUUGGUCAGUCUUGGUAAACUUGCUACCUGUAAUCAGUUUGAGCUUGAGGUUAUCUGUGUUUUUGUGACAGUAAGUUUGUUUUGUUUGUCUGCUUUGAGCUUAUUGUAAUUGAUUUUGUGUGUUUUUGUUUUUUCCUUGUAGGAGCUGAGUGCUUCCUGAGGCUGGGGGGAGUUCUUUGCUGCACCUUUGGCUUUACUUAAUUAAGGGUCGUCAUUAUUGCUGUGUUUAUUUGCAGUGAAUUUUGUGGGUAUGAUUCUGAUUAGUGGGGUGCUUUUCCCUUUUGUAUAGCUGGUGCUGUCGUACUAGCCUGCCCUUCAUACAGGAAGCCUCAGUUCUCCUAUGAUUAUUGUUAAUUUCCUCUUGUGAUAGUUUUAUUUAACCAAUGCCUGAUUGUGUUGGCUGCUCCUUUUUUAAAAAUAAUUCUUGGCCAGUCUUUUAAACUUUAAAAUAAAAUGUAUUUUUAUAUGGAAACCCAUGCCUCUUGCCUGUUCUACGUGGAACGUACUUGCGUGUCUUUUAUAUGGGUUAUUUUCCCCAUUUUCUCGGGGUGGCGUAGUUGGUCCAAAACAAAAUGAGCCGCAUAGCUACACAGUAGUAGUUGUAGAGUAAAACGAGCCACAUUGCUACAUUUGGUGUAGUCGGCAGGAUCACUAUAGUAUCUAAACGAAACGAGCCACAUUGCUACACGUGGCGUAGUCUUUUUAUUUUCCCCAUUUUCUCGGGGAGGCGAAGUUGGUUCAAAACGAAAUGAAUGAGCCACAUUACUACAGGUGGCGUAGUUGGCAGGAUACAAAACGAGCCGCAUAGCUACACGUGGCAUAGUCUUUAUUAUCCCCCUUUUCUUGGGGUGGCGUACUUGGUACAAAACGAAACGGACGAGUUACAUUGCUACACGUUAAUAAACCGAAGUCCAUACCAAGGACGAUUCGUAUAUCUCACUGCAAGAGUACGACUCCUUUUGUUAUCAGCCUUCAAGAGAAGAAAAAGGACUUCAAAGGGUUCUCGAGCCCAGAGGCAAGAAGGUUUCAC